AAAUGGGGGGGGGGUAGCGUGGGGAUGCUCCAGGAGGGCUGGGCUGUGCGAUGCGUCUGCCCUCAGCUCCACUCUUGUUGUCACCGUUGUCCAUCAUCUCGGACGAGACUGUGGACAUGGACCCCCCUGCCUUCUCCGCCUCCUCCUCCGCCUUCGCCCCCGAGCUUCCCUCUGCUCCAGUUCUUUCUUUUAGAUUUACCUGCGCCGGCUUCCGAUCCGGAGAUUGCUCCUUUCUAUGAUCCCGUCGAUGACGAGCACAAUGAGGAGUGGGCCCUCAUGCAACGACAGGGCCGCAAGUCCGAUGCUGUUCUUUCUUGCCCUGCUUGUUUCACUAUCCUCUGCAUCGAUUGUCAAAGGCAUGAAUUUUAUGUUAAUCAGUACCGAGCAAUGUUUGUGCGCAACUGCACAAUCGUUGAAACAGAGAGUCUUCGUUACUCUGAUACCAGAAAGAGGAAGCGCAAAGCUGGACGAAAGAGCCAACUCUCAGUGGAAGAAUGUAGAGUAGGGAGACCUGGCAUGGUUAGAGUAGAGCCCAAGGAUGUAGGUGUUGAUGAAGACGUAUUGAAGCCCGUUAAAUGCGCCGAGUGUGGAGCACAAGUUGCAGUCUUAGAUAGUGAUGAACUGUAUCAUUUCUUUGACAUAAUUCCCACCUUUUCGUAAAUUUUUCUUUUACGCAUGAA